UAAGAAGGACACAGUGAGAAAUUUCAGUUAAAAAUUACAGCCUCGAUCAAACUUCGUCCAAUUCAUUCAGAGCAACAUGUUUAUUAUAUUGAAGGUAAUAAUCAUAUCAUUGCUGAACUCUCUCACUGAAGGAUCCAUUGAUGGAAAGAGCUACUUGGAUUCGUUAGCCGUGAAGCGUUUUAAAGAAAAACCUGGUGAAGACCCCUGCAAUCCUCUUUAUUGGUAUCCGAGAAACAUUCCAGAGUAUUGUCAAUACCGAGCCCCAAAUAAACCCGAUAUAAAACUUCCUAUACAGGUACCUCUGCCCGUUCCUUUGCCUCUUGUGCCUCCCAUGCCUGUUCCGUUGCCCAUUCCCCCUUUGCCUUACGGUGUACCUAUAGUGCCUAGUAAUCCAAUGAUACCCAUUGUUCCAAAUCUAUACUACCCACCGAUUCCAAGCCAUUCCGCUCCAUUCUAUCCGCAGCCUCAAGCUGGAAUGGUGCCCGGUAUUUCUGGAAUCGUUUCAAGAGAUGGAGGUAUAAACAUACUACCAUUCUCCGACGCCUAUGCUGACAUGUUGGAAAAACACAAAAACAACAUGAUAAGGCGAAAAUUAGAAAGAUUACUGGACCGAUUUGACGAAUAUCCAAACCGUGGAACAUAUAGACGAUUGAAAAAAUACAGGCAAGCACUUUAUUAUGAUUUAAAAAAAACUACAUGUAUUGUUUAAUUUUACGUUUAAUUCCAUAAACAGUUACAAAAUGUUCGUGGGGCAGAAAUGUACAUGAUGCGUUUCGUCUUUUGUUUUUACAUUCUCGCCCCCGAGGCCUAUAAAUACAAGAUUAUGAAGUACUUAAGUUUAAAUGUAAUGAGUUAUGACUAAUAAAAAUCCAUAUGACAGAUUAUAUUUCGGUUUUCUAUGAAAGCCUGCUAAAACUUAACAUAUUAACUAGUAUUUAAGCAAUUAAAAACAAAUUUAAAUUAACUUAUAUCUAAAGUUACAAUUCUUAUCUCUCCAGAUUUUUUAUUAAUUACUCUUAAACUAAUGGACGGAUUUCCUGAGGGCUCCAUAAAUAUACAUCUUAUUCAAACUAGU